AUGGAUUUGGCAGCAGAGAUAGGAAGAAGCGUGAGGACCUCUUUUCAUCAACAUGCAUCGAGUUUCAGGAGAACUUCAGGCGUCAGAUCCAUCAACGACAACAACGACGACGAAACUGAGUUGCAGUGGGCUGCAAUCCAACGGUUGCCCACAUUUGAACGACUUACUGAUGAGCAAGAUAACAAUGGAGGAGGUACUAUUACUAAGAGGGUGGUUGAUGUUACAAAGCUAGGAGCCCUCGAACGCCACGUCUUCAUAGAGAAACUUGUCAAGGAUAUUGAGGGAGAUAACCACCGUCUGUUGCAGAAACUCAAACAAAGAAUAGACAGGGUGGGAUUGCAAUUACCGACUGUGGAAGUUGGAUACCAAAAUUUGGUUGUAGAGGCAGAAUGCGAAGUGGUUCAAGGAAAACCCCUCCCAACGCUAUGGACCGCCCUUAAAAGCAUACUCUGUAUAAUUGGUUGCAAGCCUCAAGCCUACAAAUUAGAGAUUCUCAAAGGUGUCAGUGGCAUCAUCAAGCCAUCAAGGAUGACUCUAUUGCUUGGCCCUCCAGGCUGUGGGAAAACCACUUUCUUACAGGCACUUGCUGGGAAACUUAACCACUCUCUCAAGGUCCGAGGAGAAAUUACCUACAAUGGUUACAAGUUCAAUGAGUUUGUUCCUCAGAAGACAUCAGCUUAUAUAAGUCAAUAUGACUUGCACAUUUCUGAGCUGACUGUGAGGGAAGCACUCGACUUCUCAGCACGUUGCCAGGGUAUUGGAAACAGAGCAGAUAUAAUGAAAGAAGUCAGCAGAAGGGAGAAGCAAUCAGGAAUUGUCCCAGAACCAGACAUUGACACUUAUAUGAAGGCCAUUUCAAUUGAAGGGUUGAAAAACUCUCUCCAGACUGACUAUAUAAUGAAGAUUCUUGGGCUAGACAUUUGUGCUGAUACAAUAGUAGGCGACGCAAUGCAAAGGGGAAUUUCGGGUGGUCAGAAGAAAAGACUGACAACAGGGGAAAUGAUGAUUGGUCCAGCAAGAGCUUUCUUCAUGGAUGAGAUAUCAACAGGCUUAGAUAGUUCCACUACCUUUCAGAUUGUUACUUGUUUGCAGCAACUGACACACGUAACAGACUCCACCAUUUUGGUAUCACUUCUUCAGCCAACGCCGGAGACCUUCGCUCUCUUUGAUGACAUUAUCUUGAUGGCAGAAGGAAAAGUUGUAUAUCAUGGGCCUUGCAAUAAUGCUGCAGAGUUCUUUGAGCAGUGUGGUUUUCGCAGCCCACCGAGAAAAGGCAUUUCUGACUUCCUGCAAGAGGUGGUUUCUCGAAAGGAUCAGGCAAAGUACUGGUACCAUGAAGACCAACCCUACAGUUAUGUUACGGUUGACAAGUUUGUAAAUAUGUUCAAGGAUUUUCAUGUCGGAAAGAAGCUAGAUGAGGAACUUCGCAAGCCUUUCGACAAAUCUGAGUGCUACAAAGAUGCUUUAUCAUUCAACAUCUACUCAUUAAGAAAAUGGGAACUAUUAAAAGCAUGUACUGCUAGAGAAUGGCUUCUUAUGAAGCGCAACUCGUUUGUUCAUGUGUUCAAGUCAGCACAGCUUGUCGUCGUUGCGCUAGUAACAAUGACGGUUUUUUCACGUACAUGGAUGAAUAUUGACGAUGUCCAUGCAAAGUACUACAUGGCUUCUUUGUUCUAUGCUCUCAUUAGACUGAUGAGCAAUGGGAUUGCAGAGUUAUCAAUGACUGUGUCCAGACUAGCAGUCUUGUACAAGCAAAGAGAUUUCUACUUUUAUCCUGCAUGGGCUUAUUCCAUUCCAGCUGCCCUUCUAAAGAUUCCAUUUUCUUUGCUAGAUGCUUUUCUUUGGACAUCUCUUACUUAUUAUGUCAUUGGUUACAGUCCUGAGCCUGAAAGGUUCUUCAAGCAAAUCAUUAUUCUAUUCCUUGUGCAUCAAGUAUCAAUAUCAUUGUUUCGUCUGAUAGCAUCCUUGGUUCGAACUCCCUCUGUAGCAGCAACCAUUGGUCUUUUCUCCUUAGUAGUAAUGUUUCUAUUUGGUGGCUUCGUAAUUCCAAAAUCUUCCUUGCCUGCUUGGUUGGAGUGGGGCUUUUGGCUUUCUCCGCUAACAUAUGGAGAAAUAGGUGCUUCAGUAAAUGAAUUUCAUGCUCCAAGGUGGCAAAAGGUUUUAUCUUCAAAUGUCACUAUAGGCCUGCAAGUUCUGGAAAACCGUGGUCUCAAUUUCAGUGACAGCUUUUAUUGGAUAUCAAUAGGAUCUUUACUUGGAUUUUGGAUGGUUUUCAACAUUGGGUUCACCUGUGCACUCAGUUAUUUAAAAUCUCCUGGAAGUUCUCGAACUAUCAUUUCUCAUGAAAAGUUCUCUCACCUUAAGGAAAAAGAAAAUUUAGAUAAUUCCUGCCAAGAAAAAGAAUUAACUUGUGUAGAUACUCACAUAACUGCUGCAGAAGCUACAAGUAUAGGCAUGGUCUUACCCUUUGAGCCCAUAAGUAUAUCAUUUCAGAAUGUGCAAUACUUUGUUGAUACACCCAAGAAAAUGAGAGAGCAAGGUUUUCCUCCACAACGACUACAGCUUCUUCAAGACAUAACUGGUGCAUUUAGACCUGGAAUUCUUACAGCUUUGAUGGGAGUUAGUGGAGCUGGAAAAACAACACUGAUGGAUGUCCUUUCUGGAAGAAAAACUGGUGGAAGUAUUGAAGGAGACAUUAGAAUUGGAGGGUACCCAAAAGUACAAGAAACAUAUGCCAGAAUAUCUGGGUAUUGUGAACAAAGUGACAUACAUUCUCCACAGAUUACAGUAGGAGAAUCUGUAGCAUACUCGGCUUGGUUGCGCUUGCCAGCGCAGAUUGAUAGGCAUACAAGAUCUCAAUUUGUGAAAGAAGUUCUUCAAAUGAUAGAGCUUGAUGAAAUCAAAGACGAAUUAGUUGGCAUACCUGGUGGUAGUGGUAUAUCUGCAGAGCAACGCAAAAGGCUGACAAUAGCAGUAGAGCUUGUUUCAAAUCCAUCCAUAAUAUUCAUGGAUGAACCGACCUCCGGUUUAGAUGCCAGAGCAGCUGCUAUAGUAAUGAGAGCUGUGAAAAAUAUUGUCAGUACAAGGAGGACUGUUGUAUGCACAAUUCACCAGCCAAGUAUUGACAUAUUUGAAGCAUUCGAUGAGCUUAUUUUGAUGAAAAGAGGAGGACAAAUAAUAUACUACGGAGAGCUAGGCCAAAAUUCAAGUAAGCUUAUUGAAUACUUUGAGGGUAUUCCCGGGGUUCCGAAAAUUAAAGAGAAUUACAACCCAGCAACAUGGAUGUUAGAGGUCACCGGUCUUUCUGCAGAAGCUCAACUUGCCAUAGAUUUUGCUCAUAUCUAUAGAGCAUCACAUCUAUGCCAGAAGAACAACGAACUAGUUAGAGAACUCAGCUUUCCAGAACAAGGCUCAAAGGAAUUACAUUUUUCUACUUGCUUUCCACAAAAUGGAUGGGAGCAAUUCAAAGCAUGCCUAUGGAAGCGGCAUCUCUCCUACUGGAGAAGUCCGAGAUAUAACCUGGGGAGAUUGAUAUUUACUGCUGCAUGUUCUUUGUUAUUUGGAGCACUUCUUUGGCAGAAAGGACAGAAAAUAGAUGGCGAACAGGAAUUUUUCAACAUUCUAGGAUCAAUGUUUGUUUUACUUCAAUGCAUGGGAAUUGGCAACUGUUCCUCUGUUUUACCAUUCAUAGCUACUGAGCGCAAUGUUGUAUACCGAGAAAGAUUUGCUGGAAUGUACUCGUCGUGGGCAUAUUCGUUUUCACAGGUGAUCAUAGAAAUUCCAUAUAUAUUGAUACAAGCAGCUUUGUUUUCGACAAUUACGUAUCCAGCCAUAGAUUUCCAAUGGUCACUCUACAAAGUAUUUUGGUAUUUCUAUGCUACGUUUUCUACAUUGCUCUACUUCAAUUACUUCGGUAUGUUGCUUGUUUCUCUGACCCCAACUUACCAAGUGGCUUCAGUAUUGGCAAGUUUCUGCUACACUAUGUUCAAUUUGUUCUCGGGUUUCCUCAUACCUGGACCAAAAAUUCCUGUAUGGUGGGUUUGGGGCUACUGGAUUUGCCCUCUUGCCUGGUCCUUAAAAGGUGCUCUCACUUCACAGUAUGGAGAUGUAGAGAAGGAAAUAGUAGUUCAUGGAGAGCAAAGGACAAUCAGUGCCUUCUUGGGAAGUAUUUAUGGGUACAACUAUGAUGAUCUAGGAGUUGUAGCAAUUGUUCUUCUUGCAUAUCCACUAGUUUUUGCACUUGUUUUUGCAUGUGCUACAGAAAAAAUAAACUUUCAGAGGAGGUAA